AUGGCUCCUCCUGCCCAGCUGCCCCGUGUGCGCUCAGCAGAAGCUUCCAUCGAGAAGGGCAGAGCAGCCUACGCCGACCAACGCUUUCGCGUCGCCCUAGAGCACUUUACCCUCGUUGCUGGAAAUUGCCCCUGUGCAAACCCAUCAUCGUCUUCAACCAGCCGAGGGAGUGGAAGCAGUGCGGCUGAGACGCAGCAACGCCGCCGAAGAGAGCGAUGCACAUGUCGCGACUUUGGUCGCGCCGUCGCACGGCACAGUCGUCAAAGGGGCGCUGUGUAUGCGGAGGCAACCAAGGAAUGCAAGUGCGGCGCCGAGAAAACGUGGGGGAAGUGUCAUCGCGAGGCACACGUCCAGGCGCUGGACUACCGCGCUGCAUGUUUCGAGAAGAUGGGGAAUCUCGAGAAAGCGAGGAAGGAUGCUGAGUGGUUGUUGGAGAUCGCCCCGCGGAGGUUAGAGGGGUACAUGAGACUUGGCAAAAUUUACAGAAUGGAUAAGAAGCCUGACCUGGCAUGGGCAGCGUGGAGCGCCGGUGUCGAUGUCGGCCAGAAUGAGGGCCUCACCGGGACGCCUAAAUAUGAGCAAUUACUCAAGAUCAGGGAGCCACUGCACAAGCACUUCUGCCGCAAAGACCCAUUAGACCUGCCGCAGGAGCUGGUCGAGAGCAUCUUCUCUUACUUCGAUUUCAUUGAAUUAUGCCGCAUGUCAGGUGUCAGCAAACGCUGGGACAACUUCUUUGAUACCCACCCGUACAUUUGGAGAGAAGUUCGUUUCCAGUCCAUCAGCUCACAAAAGCUACCACGCAUGAGCUUCAUCAAGACCUUACGCAGACGCACCGCCGGACGCGCUCGCACCCUCGUCAUACAAGACGCGCAUGCCUUCCAGCUCAACGAGUCCAAGUGGAUAUCCCUCAUUCAGACCACCAACCCGCAGACGACAAGCUAUUUGGAAGUCGGCGGUAUCCGGCGUGAGAUGAACGGCGACUGGGGGUAUAAGCUGCCCCCCAAGCCACCCUUCUUUGAGGGGCUGACUGACUUGAAAUUGGGCUUUACCCGUGGACCGAACCCGGAUCACACAGGUAGGGGCGGGCCACAAGCCUUCGUGAGGCAGUUCAUCGAACGAGCCAAAGAGAACCUGCAUAGCGUCACGCUGACGAACCCAUUCGCCCUCGCCCGAGCGACCCCGAACCUCCAGCAACUGAGCCUCGCCAACUUCGGCGUCUUCACCGGCGUGGACACCCUCCUUCCUCCCGAGGACUGCUGGUCCCUCUGGCGCCACCUACAAGUCAUCUCUCUCGGACCGACGCGGAGCCCGCUCUCGGUCGGGAACAAGCGCCACUUCCCCCCGCUCCACCCCUCUUCCUUCCGCAUCUUCGAGGCCCGCGCCGGGAGGCAAGGGAACCAAGGCGACUGGCUCCCGCAGCAGCUGCCGCUCGACUACUCGGGCUACGACCAGGCCUCUUACUCCUCCGCCUCCGCCGCCGAGAACCAGAACCUGGACCUGGUGACGUACCCCAACCUGGAGCGUUUCUGGAUGCCCAAGCUCCCGCUAAGCGUCGACCUCGCCACCAUCCUGCUCGAACCCGCGAUCCGCUCCGGCAGGCUGAGGGAGGUCGGCCUGUGCUGGAGGCAGGACCCGGGACAGUAUUUCCCCGGCGCCCUGGACUUCCUGCGGGGCGCGGCGUCGGUGAGGACGCUCGGCUUCUUCGAGUUCGACCUCGAGAGCCACGAGGCGCUGACGCGGGACCCGGCGCACCGCGGCGUCGACCCGACCGCCCUGCUCUUCGGCUUCCUCGAGUCGUUCCCGAACCUCGAGGUCCUGGAGCUGCACUCCAGCAGCUGUGACCCGCGUCGCAUCGGCGUGGUGAUCGAGAGGAUGGUCGGGCUGGGGCGACUGAAGAAGGUGUACCAGAAGGCCCUGACGGGCGUGCAUAUGGACCAGUUGAGGGCGUUUUGCGAGACGCACGGGGUGGAGUUGGAGUAUGGAAGCUGGACCUCGUCGUUUCCCGUGCAGCUUGAACCAUUAGAACCCGUUGACGCGACGUCGUGA